ACUGCAGUAUGAGCAUACUGUGAAAAACACCCGAUGCUGCAAUUUUGAUCUUGUCUCCCGUAUAAGAGCCAAAUUUCUCCGCGUGCAUAUUAGAGAGAAACCCCCUGAUUCAUACAGCUGCUGAUGGAGAGGAGAGAACCGUAAAGGAGGUGCGGGCGGAGCCAAAGACUCCCCGCCCACUCGGCAAAAUGGCAGCCCGCAUGGAGAACGUGGAAGAAAUUCGGAAUCGAGUAAUAUUGGGAGAAUUUGGUGUGACGAAUGUUCAUACUACGGAUUUCCCUGGAAACUACCCCGGAUAUGACGACACUUGGAACGUGGAGAAAUUUCAAAAGAACUUCAGAAUCGAUGUCGUGCAUCUGGAUGAAAACAGUAUGGAGUUCGACAUGGUGGGGAUUGAUGCAGCCAUUGCCAAUGCCUUCAGAAGGAUCUUACUGGCAGAGGUGCCUACUAUGGCUACAGAAAAGGUGUUCAUCUAUAGUAAUACCUCCAUUGUCCAAGACGAAGUCCUGGCCCACAGAUUAGGCCUCAUCCCCAUCAAAGCUGACCCUCAUCUGUUUGAGUACAGAAACACUGGGGAGGAGUCUGCAGAGGAAGAGGGUUCAGAAAUAGACACAAUUCAACUGCAGCUGAAGAUUAAGUGCAGCAGGAAUCCCAGAGCAAGCAAAGACUCAUCAGACCCACGAGAGCUGUACUUAAACCACAUGGUUUAUUCCAAGGACAUAAAGUGGGUCCCCAUCGGGAACCAGGCAGACGUGUUUGCAGACUGCUGUAUUGGGCCUGUGCAUGAUGACAUUCUGAUAGCUCAGCUACGACCGGGACAAGAGCUGGACAUUGUCAUGCACUGUGUCAAAGGAAUUGGCAAAGACCAUGCCAAGUUCUCCCCAGUGGCCACAGCGAGUUACCGCCUCCUCCCAGAGAUCACCCUCCUGGAGGUGGUGGAGGGAGAGAAGGCGGAGCGAUUAAAACAGUGCUUCUCACGAGGAGUUAUAGACCUGGAAGAUAUUAAUGGGACAAAGGUUGCCAAAGUUGUGAACAGUCGCCUGGACACAUGCAGCCGGGAAGUCCUCCGACACAGUGACCUGAAGAAUGUGGUGAAGCUUGGACGAGUGCGAGACCAUUUCAUCUUUACAGUGGAAUCCACCGGGAUCCUGCCUCCAGACGUCUUAGUCACAGAGGCGAUUAAGGUCCUCGUGGCUAAAUGUCAGAGGUUUCUCAAUGAACUGGACUCGACUGCUAUGGAAUGAAAGGAUGACUGAGCAGCCCGUCAGACCUCGGACGGUUCUUACUAUGCUGUCAGUGGAAUGACUGUGUUCAAAUAUUCUAUACUGAUAAAGAGUACACAGAAAUUUCAAAAUGCAGGUGUUUUGUUGGUAUCAUCUGAGUAUGUAUAUACAGCUUUGUCUGGUAUUUUGUAUACUUUCCAUUAAACAAAUGUUGAAUUGAAGACAAACAUCUUAAUAUUAUUG